AUGUCGAAGCCUCAGAGCACUAACGGCAGCGAGUCCGAGUUCGAAUUCAUCGAGACUCCCAAGGCUCCCACCCCUUCCUUCGAGAAGUUCGAGGAGUGUGGCGUGCGAACUACCUCGUACCCCGCCAUCAAGAAUGCCCCUCUGCCAGCUGAUGGCCCCGGCAGCGAGAGCUUCUCCCUCAUCGCUCUGGGCCUCGCCCUCAUAGUUCCCCCCUACUGGCUUGCCUGGAAGGUUGGCGGCGGUACCAAGACCGCCAUCUUCUUUGCCCUCUUGACCUCGGCUCCUAUUGUCGCAGGCUUCUGGCUCCUCGUCUCCACCGUCAGCCCCCGCAAGAAUGAGAAGGCCAGGUUUCCUGGUCGCCCUGUCGAGCACUACCUCACCUUCAAGAAGCCUGAAGACAAGGCCAAGUACCAUGGCAAGAACAAGAUCCCCAUGGAGACCUUCCAUGAGAUGUACUUUGACGGCGAUGUCGACUUCAACGGCGACUGCCUCGAGGUCAUGGAGUACAGACAUGACUGGGCCAACUUUCGCUUCACCAUUGGUCUGAUUAAGCACUUCUUCUUCGGCUUCAUUCCCGAAGCUAUCAUGCACACGAGAUCCCAAGACGAGGAGCAGGUUCGUGACCACUACGACCGCGGUGAUGACUUUUACGCCUGGUUCCUCGGCCCUCGCAUGAUCUACACCUCCGGCAUUAUCGCCGAUAUCAACAAGGAGGAGACCCUCGAGGAGCUGCAGGACAACAAGCUGGCCAUUGUGUGCGAGAAGAUUGGCCUCAAGCCCGGCGAGAAGCUCUUGGAUAUCGGCUGUGGCUGGGGUACGCUCGCCCGCUUCGCCAGCGUCAACUACGGCGCCAAGGCCACCGGUGUCACUCUUGGCCGCAAUCAGACUGCCUGGGGUAACAAUGCUCUCCGCAAGGUCGGCAUCCCUGAGGAGCAGAGCAAGAUUCUGUGCAUGGACUACAGAGACAUCCCCGUCCCCGAGGGCGGCUACAGCAAGAUCACCUGUCUCGAGAUGGCCGAGCACGUCGGUGUCCGUCACUUCCACAAGUUCCUGACCCAGGUCUACGAUAUGCUGGACGACGACGGUGUCUUCUUCCUCCAGAUCGCUGGUCUGCGCAAGCCUUGGCAGUACGAGGAUCUCAUCUGGGGUCUGUUCAUGAACAAGUACAUCUUCCCGGGUGCCGAUGCCUCCACUCCUCUGGGCUGGUUUGUCGACAAGCUCGAGGGCGCUGGCUUUGAGGUCAAGCAUCUUGACACCAUUGGUGUGCACUACUCAGCCACUAUCUGGCGGUGGUACAGAAACUGGAUGGCCAACCAGGACAAGGUUGUGGCCAAGUAUGGCAAGAGGUGGUUCCGCAUCUGGGAAUACUUCCUUGCCUACUCUACCAUCACCUCCCGCCAGGGUAGCGCGACCUGCUACCAGAUCACCCUGGUCAAGAACAUCAACUCAACCCACCGCAUUGAGGGCAUCAAUAACCACUUUGGUCUGUCCGGUGCGCUGGCUAGUGCCAAGUUCGACCUGAAGUCCUGGCAGGAGGCCAACACAACUCUGUUCCCCUCUGUCCCUACCCAGUAG